CGCACACACACACACACGCGUCGACGAUAUCAAGUAUUAAUUCUGCAUGAAAAAAUAUAAUUUUGUAAGAAAAUCGUAGAAAGAUAAGGAAAAAUAAAAAAAAUUAAAACGGCCGAUGGUAGCGUGGACCACCAGGUAACUGAUACGAUUCGCCUUAAUUUUUUUACGUGCUUCUCGAACGGAACGUUGGCAGUUGUUAUACAUAUAAAAAAAAAAAAAAAAAAAAAAACGUAACGCAUUUUUUUUCUCGCUCUUGUUAUCAACCGCGUCGUCCGCGGAGUCGUUCGUCCAGUCGACCAUUACACUCGCACGUUUGCCGAGUGCGUAUCGAAGAACGUGAUGUACGUUAUUCUUACGAGCACCGAACACACGACACUACCUAUCUCUGCCAUCAUUAGCGCCUGCUACUGCAUCAGAACGUCGCAGCCGUCGGUCGCCACUACCAAAGCUGCGAACGUCCGCUGUCCAGGGCCGGUAACGCUUAUUUCAGACCGGUAACGACCGACCGGACGGCAUGCACCGUGCAAAUGUCGUCAUCGGAGGUGGCAGUGGCGGCCGUCGUUCUACCGUUGUUGUCGAAGAAUCGGACGCGACGGCGACGACGACAUUUGUAGGAGUGGAUGGACGCGAAGACGACUUCACCGUAGACGACGGAAUUGAUGAGGCGUCAACCACGACCAUGAUUAACGUCAAAAAGGAAUGUACCAACAUGGAAGAAGACGAGGACACCAAGCAUCAAUUACAACAUAUUCAGCAACAGCACGAUACGAAUGAAAUCGAAGAUAUGUAUCGUCGUCAUCGGCGACCUAAGCACCAACAACAGCUCCAGCUGCAUCACCAUCAACAAUUUGAUAGUAUUACGUCAUCGUCAGCAUCAUCGAAUAACAACCGCCAGGAACGUCUAAUGUUGGUAUCCGUAGAUUCUGGAGGUGUCGGAAAUGUUAGACACCGAACAUCAGCUUCAUCAGUUACUCAGUUUUGUUGUUCAAGCACCACUGCAGCGAGUCUUCAACAGCAACAGCUACAUCAUCGUAACAACUUGCAGCAACAACAAAUUCCACCUUCAUCUACUGUCGUUAUGAUCAAAGAAGAAGACGUUUCUAUGGUUGGUGGUGGUGAUGGUAUGCAUCACCACCAACAUCAUCAUCAACAGAACCACCAUCAUCAGCAGCAACAACAACACAAUAUGUCAGCUGCAACGGCAGUAACAAUUGUUAACAACAAUAACAAUAGUAAUGCCACUUCAUCGUCACCGCCACCACCAAGACGUCUGUGCUUGGUAUGCGGUGACGUUGCCUCAGGUUUCCACUAUGGUGUAGCAUCCUGUGAGGCGUGUAAGGCGUUUUUCAAACGUACCAUACAGGGUAACAUUGAAUAUACAUGUCCCGCUAGUGGAGACUGUGAGAUUAAUAAGCGACGGCGUAAAGCUUGUCAAGCAUGCCGGAUGCAAAAAUGUCUGCGAACUGGUAUGCUUAAAGAAGGCGUGCGCCUUGAUCGGGUACGUGGCGGUCGUCAAAAGUAUCGUAGACAGCCGCCAACUCCUGUAGCUGCUCCGGCGAUCUCUGUUCAAACUACACCACAAUCUGCACAACAGCAAUCGGUUACGGCGACCACAGUCAAUAAUUCUAUUCACCACCAUCACCAUCACCACACGCACAGCAGCAAUGGCGCAUCGUUGAUACAUCAUCAUCAUCAUCAGCAACCAUCUUUUAACAAUGCUUUCAACAAUAAAAUGAUUGCGCCUGGAAAUCACCAUCACCACCAUCAUUCAUAUCACCAUCCGCAAAUGUCCUCGGUAUCUCACCAGAUGUGUUUAAACGGGAACAGUGGUUCAAUGAUCGCGACUUCAACACAAAACAAUCCACACUAUUAUAAUUUUUCGCACAACAAUAACGGAGGAUGUACUGGUAACUGGAACAACAACAACGAUGAUGGAAUUUGUACUAAACAAGAAUAUCAGCAAUGCUGCUGUAAUAAUACUACAUUAACAAUUGAUACAGUCAAGGAAUGUGAAAAAAUGUUAGAGGCUCUUAGGCAAUGUGAACCUGAGAUGCCAACUUUAUUAGGCGGUGGAGAUGGAUCAACUAAUGCCGCCGUUACAAUGGAUUUUUUUACUCAGUCCACAACAUUAAGUGUACAACAAGCUGCGAGAACUGCGGCCCCAUUAUCAGGAAGUGGUAGUGGUUUAGUUGAAGAGGGUAUAUCUUCAACAUCCUCUCCGUCGUCGGCUUCAGCUGUUUCAUCGCCAUCGGCGGCUGCUACUAUGGUAGUGCAUACACUUGCUGAACUAUACGACAGGGAGUUGGUUAGCACAAUUGGUUGGGCAAAACAAAUACCCGGAUUUGUAGAUCUAUCACUGAAUGAUCAGAUGCGACUAUUGCAAUCGACUUGGGCAGAACUUUUGACAUUAACCACGGCAUUUCGUUCUUUGGAACAGUUUAAUGAUCAAACUGAUGUAGGCAGUGGUGAUAUUGAUAGUGCUGGUGGUUCGAGUGAAGAAAACAGUAGCGGUGGUUUAAAGUUACGUUAUGCUACAGACUAUUGGUUAGAUGAAAAGUUAGCUAGAGAAUGUGGUGCAGCAACUAUUGGUGUACCAUUGUCAUCUAAUGGCAGCGGUGGUUCUACGACUUCUAUAAGUAGUGCGACCAGUGGUACAACGACAGUGACAUCACCCACCGUACUAGACAUUUUCAACAUGUCUGUUCAUAUUGUCCGGCAAUUUAAAGCUGUAAAUGGUGGUAGUGGCUUGACUCCGGAUCAAUACUACCUACUUAAGGCGUUGGUUUUAGCUAAUUCAGAUGACCUAACGUUAGCAUCGUCAUCAGCGGCAACGUCGCUCACCGGGAAGCAAAACGAAGCUAAUAAGCCGUUAUCAAAGAGCAAUAUUAAAAUUCAACAGCAGCAGUCAGCCGUUAAGCAAUUUCGUGCCACCAUUACCCGUGCUCUUCAUACCCAUUUAGAAAUGACAGCGAAUACUGCUAUGACAUCGUGCUGCUGUUGUAAUGGCGUUGAUUGUUGCUGUCCUACAGCAGCGAUGAGUAUGGCGUGUUGUGAUAAUAGUAGAGUUACCGGUGUAGAUGGUAGUGGAAUGGCUGCCAAUUGCUGUUGCUGUAGUAAUAAUACUGUUACCGGUCAGCUUGACAAGGACGGCAACGUCAUUGUCGUCGUUGAUGGUAACCAACGCCAUCAACAACCCUGUCAACAACAACAGCUUAUGGAUACCUCGAAUAGCACUGGCGGUGGUAGUAGUGCAAUUAUAUCCACUACAGCGGCUCCUACGGCUACAGUCGUCGGUUUUUCUAACAACAAUGUUAUGAUGGACGAAGACGAUUGUUGCGGCGGCAGUAAUUUACUUGAUAACCAACAACACCAACACCAUCACCACUACAGUUCACAGUUGACUGAGUCCACCGAUUCCGCUUCGUCAAAACUCGUACAACUGCUGCUGUGUUUACCGGCAUUGCGGCAGGCCGAUCAACUCAUUCGGCAGUAUUGGACCCGUGUACACCGUGAAAAUCAGCAUCAAAUGACUUCAGCCUCACAGAUUCAAACACAACAGAGCGCGGCAGCCACUGGUACCGGAACAGCUUUUGCCAGACAGUCCGCAGCUGCUGAUCGUUCGAUGUCAACUGGAAAUGGUGGGAGUGGUACAGCUGUUGUCAAAAUGAAUAAGUUGUUCGUCGAAAUGUUGGAGGCCUGCCUGCGAUGAUUAAAUCAGGCGGGCGUCACUCGUGUACUUCUACUGUAUCGCGAGUGACAUUACAGCAUAAUAAUGGCAGUGGUAGAUAUCACAGACUUCUAACUAUAUAAGAUAAAGAAAUUCAUGUGAUCAAUUAGGACUUCCUGACACCAAUUUUUUUUUUUUUUUUUUGUUGCUAAAUAGACAACUAACUUAAAAAUAAGUUUUUAAUAUUGUAUAAUACAUAAUAAUAAUAUGUUAUUUAUAUUGAUAUGCGUGCGGAAUUUUACAAUCAAAAACAUGAGCAUCAACAAUUUUUUUGCUAAACAUUCCGGGCUAUUUAUCUAGUAUAUAGUAUGGAAGUCUGUGUGUAGCGUAUAGUAGUGUUACAAUAGUUAGUAGUAUUUUGUUUUCCUUUUGUUAUCAAUAAUGAUGGCAGUGACAACAUUAAAAUUUGUGCACCUAAAUAUUUUUCCACUAAACUUUUAAGUUGUCAUUGCCGCAUUUAUCUUUAUUUUUCGUUAGAUAUUCGUGAUACAUACGUGACGUAUAUUUUUUUAUUAUUGACCAAAAUAUCCUUCUAAUAAAUAUAUCCCAGUUAUUGUUUUAUGUUAAAAUUGUA